CUUUUAUUUUGACAAUAUCCUGCUGAAAUUCCCCGGAAGUAAAAUAAAUUAAUUCGCUGGCUGGUGAAAGAAUUGAUGAACAGCGCUGGUCCAGCCAUGUCCCCCUCAGAUUUAAAAUGUUUGGUCCGACGUUUUUACGCACUUCAGACUGAGCGCAUGGAGGCAUACACACUUUUUGAAGAAGGUCAUGAGGCGUACCUGAGGACAGGGCCAGAUUAUGACUUCGAGCAUUACAGACAGCUGGUUCAUGAGAUGACCAAAGCGUUCUGUGGCAUCUCAAAAGAGGUGCUGGAGAUUAAAGAGCGCCUUCAUCAAGACUUCAACCGAUCAGAUCUCUCCGAACAUAUCGAGAAGCUGCAAAUCAAAGAGAAACAGAAACUAGAGUUGACAGCAAAAUUACAGCUAGCCAAGCAGAGUGCACAAGAUCAUCCAGAAGAUCAGAGCUAUCAGGAGAAGGUUCAGGAGAUCAAACAGGAUAUCAUAAAAAACAAGGAGUCUUUGAGUGAAAUUAUGCAGGAUUUCAAGUAUGACUCAGAAGAUGCAGAAUGAAACAGAGAGACUGCAUACCAUGAUGGAUUUGGAUGGAGUUUGCAUCCGUGUCCUUUUACAUGAGGAGUGGCCAAAGAUGCUAUCGUGUGUGCAGUGCGAUGUGUAUACCAUGUGUAGGUGUUGCUGAUGUUUCGUUUCUUUGCAAGAAAUUAUUUAUAAGUAAUUGCAUUCAGAGAUUUGGAAGAGUCGCUUUUACAGUUAUUCCUUUAGUUUUAGCAGGUUUUAAACAAUUGAAAUUAGACCAAGAAUAAAAAUUACACUAGAUAAAAUCUCCUGUAACUAUCAUCGUAGAACGUUUAGAUAAGUCUGUACUUAAAACAUUUUGUUGCCAUGCAGUAACUUUUUAAAAUGUUCUUUAAAGAAGAGCAGAUUCCAUGUCAAACCUAGGAUGCAUUUUCUGAAUAAAUGUUUUUUUGUUCUUUUGAUUAUUUAA